AUGGUAAACACUCGUCAAUGGUACAUCUUGCUUACUGGACAGUCGUUAUCAACGGGCGUGCGAUUCGGUGACCAUCAAAAUUUGGUACCCACCGAAGAGUGUCUUUCGCUUUCGAUUCGAUCGAUGCAUCAUAUGUCGGUAUUCUUUUGCGCUCUAGUUUGCGUUCGACCGGUUCUUACCAUCCCAAAAAGCUCCGAAAACGGAAUGACAUCGCUUCCAAGAUGUCUUAAUCAAGCUGAGUUUCGAUGUGAGUCGGGUGAGCAGUGUAUUCCGAAGGAAUGGCUUUGUGAUGGUCGAAACGACUGUGCGGACGGAAGUGACGAACGUUUCUGUCGACACGAUAGCUUUCAGCCGUUUUUGGUCGGCUUAUUUUUGUUUGAGCGUGACUUCAUUUUUAAACUUCACGUAUGGUUCAUUUUAAAUAGCUAUGUGACUGUGGAACUGCUUUGCUCAAGAGUAUGA